ACUAUUGUGAACAGCUUUGGACUCUUGAGAACAGAGUUCAGCUGGAGUUGCAUCAAUGGCGGAAAUCUCAGCAGCGCCUGACUCUUCCGUUGGUUCAACACAAGCCAUAACGCCGGAGGAGAACACGAGUACAGAAGCUUCGGAAACUUCUGAAUUUCCAUCGGACUUUGAUCCCGAAACCAUGCGGAAAACUAAACCUGGCUUGAAGCGCCUCAUCCUGGCAUUGUCAGUCCUCUUCUCUUUCCUUUUAGGUAUACCGUUUCUGCUGAAUACCAUCGAGAUCUACCGUGCACCUCUUCCAUUUCGAAGCAUCGACACUCUUUCUAAAGCAGUCGAAUCGAAUCCACUAGCAUUCCCUUGCAGGUUUGAAGCAGUGUUCAUCGGAUUCCAUUCCGAUUUAUUAACUGACUCCAGUGCUGAUGAGCUAGGGUUUUCAAUCAUCGGCCACAUGAGAAAAUACGCCGAUGAUAACCUGGCAUGUGGUACGUGCGGCAACAAUUACACGGUUUCUGUAACUGUUGAUUCAAGUACAAACUGCACUCGCAGUCAGAACUCUAAUCCCGCUAAUUCCUGGAAGUGUGGAUCAUUACAUGAAUUGAAUUCGGAUGAUAAGUUGAUUGGUAACGAUGAUUAUCUUGAAGAUUUUUUUAAAACUCAGUAUCAGGACGGUGGCAAGGUUUAUACUGUUAUUGUGAUUAACAAGAACGUAGAAAUUAGAUCAGUUGUUGGGAAGUAUAGGCAGGGAUGGAUUAUUGGCAAGCUGUCUGAGGCAGAUGCUGUGGAGAAGAUAGCUGAAAUUUUUGUUAAGAUUUUUGUCAAUGGAGGGAAGGAAGAACCUUCUAUUCAUGGGGAGUUUAUGCCUGUGGGUGCUGAUGGAAGAAUUGUGCUUUCUUUCAACCUAUUGAAUGCUGAUCCUAAGGACUGGAUAUAUGAUUGGGAUUUUCACAAGGUAGAUGAUGUUCUUUUAUCGUCCGUUAUUGAGGCUCUGGGACCCAUAGCAAAUAUAAGUGUGGAAAGUCAGGUGUUGUACCACACUCCAAAGUCAUCGUUUUCACACUGGAAUGAUGAGCUGCAGAGUUAUGUUUUUAGUACCAAUGACCUGCCAUUCUUUGUGAAUUCAAAUGAGUGGCAUCUAGAUACUUCCAUUACGGCAGGUGGAAGGUCAAAGAUUUUGCAUAUUGUGGUAUAUGUUCCCUCAGCAAAUGAGUGUCCGCUUCUGUUACAGCUUCCAAAUGGAGAAAUAUCCAAAACAAAUGCUUUUGUAUCUCCUAUGUGGGGAGGUGUAAUUGUUUGGAAUCCUCCAGGCUGUUCAAGGGAAUCAAGAAAUAUGCAUUCAGAUUGGCACAUGAUAUCUGAUCAGGACCUUCAGAAGGUUUUUGAAGUUUUUCUGGGGCAGUUCAGGCAACUACUUGAUCUUAAAUCUGAGAACAGUUAUACUGGUACAUCAGGAACCAUAACCCUUUUACCCAGUAACAAAGGUUUUACAGAGUGGGAAGUGGAUGUUUUGUCUCGACAACAUACAUGUUUUAAUAUUCGCUCAUGUGCUACAACCCUUGGAUCACUUUCCAGACUGGUUCGGUCACUGCCAAGGAUGAUAAUAAUGGAUGAGAUAGGAAAACAGGUUGAAUCUUCUCUAGAGGCUGCAACUUCGGCUUUAGGUGAUGCUUCUCUAGGGAAAUAUAAAGCUUCAGCCAUGUCCUCUAGAGAAGCAAGAUCUUUGGCAGAAGAUGCAUUUUUUCACCCAUCUAUAAUGUCUGUUAGCUAUUUCUCUUUUGAGCACUGUUUCGCUGUAUACUCGCCUUUCUUUCUACCAGUCUCUUUGCACGUCAUUCUGGCUGCUGCUAGAGAAUUGCGAAGAUUCAGGAAGGAAAAAUUAAAGUACCUCAAGUGGACAGCCCACGAGAAGCAGAAGUAAACUUGAAAAACAAGCCAGUUUUAUUCUUUUUUUUAGCAUUUGUGAAGAUUGAUGUUUCACGGUCCCAUCAUAUUGUUUAGUUUUUAUUCAACAUGUUUUUGUAGAACUAGCCAUGAUUUAUGGUUUCUGAAACAUUUGUAAUUAGAAGACACCAAAUCGUUGUAAUAUGUAUUAAAAGAAAGUCACAAAUGAUGUUUUCAGACAAAUAUAAC